GAGUAACAAACCGGUUUAUGGCUGCAUCGACAACGUAGGCUAAUACUAGUUAUUUGUGGGAUAUUCUUUACUGUGGUUAUAAUUACAUGACGACUAUCAUUUUCUGAAAUUGCUGUCGAUCCUGAAUUACGUAGCUUUUGGAUAUAUUAUUAGAUACAUAAUUUGCCACAUAAUAAUGACAUUCUAGUUAUUUGUAGCUAUGUUAAAAUGUAUUUAAUCAAAAAUUAAAUGGAAGUUUUAGUAAUAGUCUUUUGUUUUAUUUUAAGUCAACCGCGCCCACCAUCCCAGCUUUUAUUGGUUGUUUUUUAUGACGACAUUCUAUCAAAGCAAUAUUCGACGGAAGUCGGUAUUGGUUGUAGUAUGUAAAAGAAAAUGGAUUAAAAUAUAUAUAAGGUAUCGCAGAUUUAACUCUUAGUUGCUUUCAAAACUUCAGAGCUGGUUUAGGAAUUAAAAUUAACAGUCAUGUCUCGUUUCGACGAAAAUCCUUUUGGAGAACCAACGGUUGACAAUCCAUUUGCGGACCCAGCUGUUCAGCAAGUGACUGCAAAUACAAACAAUGUUCAACGAGGGCUGGAAGAUUACAACCCUUUUGCCGAUCAGGGGGAACAGCGUCCAGCAACGGCGCGGGGAGCUGCCAACCCGCCACCGCCGGCCCAGCCCGCCAUCAUGCAGCCCACCCAGGAGGCCCCGCCUCCCGCCUACGCCCGCAGCGCCCAGCAGCCAGCACUGCAGUCGCACAUCAGCACUGCCGAGCUCCAGCGCCGCCAGGAGGAACUGGAGAGGAAGGCCCAGGAGCUCGCUCGCCGCGAAGAGGAGCUCAAGAACUCCCCCUACAAUGCUCGGAGGAACAACUGGCCACCGCUGCCCGAGAAGUGCUGCUUCCAGCCGUGCUUCUACCAGGACAUCAACGUGGACAUCCCGCUGGAGUUCCAGAAGCACGUCCGCCAGCUCUACUACCUCUGGAUAUUCCAUGCGCUGGUGCUCGUCGCCAACAUCGUGGGUAGCCUGGCCCUCAUGAUCCACAAGAGCGACUUCACCACCUUCGGGCUGUCCAUCCUCUACAGCAUCCUCUUCAUGCCCUUCUCCUUCCUCUGCUGGUUCCGGCCCGCCUACAAGGCCUUCAGGAGCGAUAGUUCGUUUAACUUCAUGGUGUUCUUCUUCGUGUUUUUUUUCCAAUUCAUGGUAGCCGUCAUCCAGACCAUCGGCAUCCCAGGGUCCGGCACCUGCGGCUUCCUGGUCGCCAUAGAGACCUUUGACUCGACGGCCGGGGGAAUCACGGUGGGCGUGAUCCUGUUGCUCAUCGCGCUGGGGUUUGGGAGUGCUGCAGCGAUGGACAUCUUGCUUCUGUCCAAGAUCCACCGCAUCUACCGCAGCACUGGCGCGAGCUUCGCCAAGGCGCAGCAGGAGUUCACGUCAGAGUUCCUGCGCAGCGAGCACGUCCAGAAUGCUGCCACCAACGUCGCGGCCAGCACGCUGCGCGCCCAGAUGUCCAACUCCUCCAGCCGCUACUGAGCGUCCAACCUCAGUUCUGCUGAACAAGUGGCACACGUUGUGUGACCAUUGUGACUGUGUUCCGGGCUAACAUUGGUAUUUAACUUGGAGGCAUAGUUUCCUGUUCUUUGAAAGUGCCCUCAUAAUCAAAGAUUUUAUUUUAUUAUAAUGAUGAUAAAGCGCAAAAAAACAUUUUCAGUUGUAACUUAUGUGAUUUGUUGUGUCUUUUGUGAGUGAGACUGUUCUAAAUGUUAUUAUUAUUAUUUUUAUUAUUAUUUGCUUCAGAUUACAUGUAGGAUAGUUUUCGUACCAUUAACUAAAUAUUCGGAUAAUAUUUUUUCUCAAAUGAAAAUUUUCUGUCCCUAAUUUUUUUUUUGUGUAUAUAUAUACAGGGAAGGAGGGUUUUGUAUUGCUAGUGUUUUUUUUUUAUGCAUUCAAUUGACAUUAAUAACAGUUAAAAUAUUAUUAUGCAUACGCUAAUUGGCAAGAACUAAACAUCUGCAGCAAUUUAAAUUUGCGUGAUGUACAAAUAGAUAGACAAUGUGAAAACCAAAUGCUAAAAUGUAUUUCAGACUAGAGAUUCUGUUUCAUAAAGUACUUAAAAUUCUUUUUAGUUUUUCUGUAUACAUACAUCUGCAGUUAAGUGAAAUAUAAAUAUAUAUUUUUCACAAGACUGAUGCAUCUAAAAUGAAAUGUAUAUUUUGAAAUUUAAAACAGUUAUUAUUUGUCAAUUUUUAGUGAUACAUUUUUUUAAAUACUAAUAAAGGUUGUUAUUGUGAAUAAUCUUGUUUAUCUCUUAGUGAUUUAUGAAAAUGUUGGAUCAUUGGUGUGUAAAUGUUGUCAAUAAGAAACGUGUUAUUUUGGCAUUGUUUGAAUAAAUUAUAUGAUAAUGCUUGUUCACAUAUUGCACUAGUUAGUAAUUUAUGCUGAAGUUUUAUCCAAACUUUGCGAUGUAUCAGGUUAAGAGACUUUUGCACCUGUAUGUUAAUAUGUAACUCAACACAUGUGAGGUGCAACAUCCACUGUCCAACUGAUGUUACGUGAUGAUAGACAUGUAAAUUGCUACUUGAUCAUUUACUGUAAUUUGUAAUUAUAUGAAAAUGUUUUGACUACAAAAAAUAAAAUGUUAAAUAUUU